AGCCGGCCGCCGCCGUCUCCGCUCCCCCAGCGCCGCCUGUUCCGGGUUGAGCUGCUCCCCUGGGUCCUGAGCGCAGCCGUAGGGGGCCGGGGCCGGGGACGCGGAGCCAGCCGUUAGGGAAGGAGCCCGGGGCCGGGGGUGGCAGACUGCACCCGGGCGCGCCCCCUCCUCCCGUGCGUCCCCUCCUCUGUUUCUUCCUCGGGCGGGCGGGUGCCCCGCGCCGGCCCUGCCGGGGCUGGGGGGCGGCCGGCAUCCCGGGCGCACUGCAGCCAUGGCGUGCAGCCUGAAGGACGAGCUGCUGUGCUCCAUCUGCCUGAGCAUCUACCAGGACCCGGUGAGCCUGGGCUGCGAGCACUACUUCUGCCGCCGCUGCAUCACGGAGCACUGGGUGCGGCAGGAGGCCCAGGGCGCCCGCGACUGCCCCGAGUGCCGGCGCACGUUCGCCGAGCCGGCGCUGGCGCCCAGCCUCAAGCUGGCCAACAUCGUGGAGCGCUACAGCGCCUUCCCUCUGGACGCCAUCCUGAGCGCCCGGCGCGCCGCGCUGCCCUGUCAGGCCCACGAGAAGGUGAAGCUCUUCUGCCUCACCGACCGCGCGCUAGUCUGCUUCUUCUGCGACGAGCCUGCCCUGCACGAGCAGCACCAGGUCACCGGCAUCGACGACGCCUUCGAGGAGCUGCAGCGGGAAUUAAAGGAGCAGCUUCAGGCCUUGCAGGACAGUGAACGGGAGCACACAGAGGCCCUACAGCUUCUCAAGCGCCAGCUGGCUGAGACAAAGUCUUCCACCAAGAGCCUGCGGGCCACCAUUGGGGAGGCCUUUGAACGUUUGCACCGGCUGCUACGUGAGCGACAAAAGGCCAUGUUGGAGGAGUUGGAGGCCGACACGGCCCGCACCCUGACGGACAUCGAGCAGAAGAUACAGCGCUACAGUCAGCAGCUGCGCAGGGUCCAGGAGGGCAGCCAGAUCCUUCAGGAGCGGUUGGCCGAGGCCGACAGGCAUGCCUUCCUGGCCGGGGUCUCUUCACUGUCUGAGCGGCUCAAAGGGAAGAUUCAUGAAACAAACCUGACCUAUGAAGACUUUCCCACCUCCAAGUACACGGGUCCCUUGCAGUACACCAUCUGGAAGUCUCUCUUUCAGGACAUCCACCCUGUCCCAGCUGCUCUUACGUUGGAUCCUGUCACUGCCCAUCAGCGACUCAUCCUGUCAGACGACUGCACGAUUGUAGCCUAUGGGAACCUCCACCCCCAGCCCCUGCAGGACUCCCCCAAGCGCUUCGAUGUGGAGGUGUCCGUGUUGGGCUCAGAGGCGUUCGGCAGCGGCGUCCACUAUUGGGAGGUGGUGGUGUCAGAAAAGACCCAGUGGAUGAUUGGGCUGGCUCACGAGGCUGUCAGCCGCAAGGGCAGUAUCCAGAUCCAGCCAAGCCGCGGCUUUUACUGCAUCGUCAUGCACGAUGGCAACCAGUACAGCGCCUGUACGGAGCCCUGGACCCGGCUCAAUGUCAAGAACAAACUGGAGAAGGUGGGCGUCUUCUUGGACUAUGACAAGGGACUCCUCAUCUUCUACAACGCGGACGACAUGUCGUGGCUAUACACCUUCCGGGAGAAGUUUCCCGGGAAGCUGUGCUCCUACUUCAGCCCUGGUCAGAGCCAUGCCAAUGGCAAGAACGUGCAGCCUCUGCGCAUUAACACGGUGCGCAUUUAGCAACCGCUGCCCUGGGGGCGUGGACAAGCAGACCUUGGGGCUGGGAAGGAGGGGUGGAGCGUUGCCUUCCUGAGACGGCCUCAUCGCGGCUUCCUCCCCUGGUCUGUGGGAUCCCUUUGCCAUCCACCCGUGCUGGCGCCUCUGCUGAUGGGGCCUUGCUGGGCGGCGGCCGCCCCAGUGAUCUGCAGCCUCCGGGAGCUGGAGAAGUCGCUUCUCCCCGGACAACUUGAGGCUUGCCCAUGACCGGUGCGGGGAUCAGAUAUUUCCCCUAGUCUCUGAUUCUGAUCCCCAUUUGGCCAGUGGCCUGUACUGACCCCCUAGGUGGAGACGGGGAUUUCUCAAGGCCUGAGGGCUCCAUCCUCCCUCCCCUUUCCCCAGAUUGCUGAGCAAUGUUUUUCCUCUUAUUUUUCCACGGACUAUGCACAUUGUAGUUCUCACAGCAGCUCAGAGCAGCAGCCCCUCGUGAUCAUCCGCUGCGGGUUCCCUUGGUGCUAGUGUCUUUCUCAAGCACGAGGGUACAACAACACAGUGCCUCAUGGGAGCGAGAGCCCUUCAGGAGCCCUCUCAGUGCCAGCCCCUUGAAGGAAGACACAAGUGGUUUAGUCUUGGUAGGCGGGAGUACAUGGAUCCCCUGUCCCAGCCUCAGAGAUUUUAGAGGAUGAUACGGGCUUAGGAAGGGAAGGAGGUGGGGCCAGAGGGACUAUCUGGGGAUGUAGGCAUGCCAUUGUGGGAAGGGACAGGAUUGCAGGAGCAAGGACAUUAGCUCUGAGUGUAGGACUGCUUCUUCACUGAGAAGUCAGCCUGACCCUAAGCUUGGCUUUUCAAAUGGAACUUAGAGAUGAGGAUAAGGCAUAGGAAAAGGGGCUUUGGGGGAGCAGAUAUCUUUCUAUUGAAGGCUUGGUGCCCAAAUCAAGGACUCUCAUUAAGUGGCCAGCAAUAAGAAAAGAAGCCUUGGGAUGAGUCCCAGGCCCCACCCUGGUGAAAUCAAUGACUUGUAGCCUGGCCUAGGCCAUGCAUCACAUAUCCCUACAAGACCCCAGAGCUUUUGGCUUUGGCUGGGAGGGUCAAAGGACUUCCGAGACUGAUGUUUGGUAGCUGAUUUUGCAUGACUCAGAGGAGGUCCACUUCAGGAAAGGAAGGAUCCUCCAUCAAUAUCUAAACUUCACGACUGUUGGAAGCGGGCCUAAGCCUUCCUUGUUCUCCCUAGCUCAAAUCACACUACCCAAGGCAGCUCUGAAUUCUCAGGGAGAAAAGGGGGCUGCUCUACCCCCUGAGUCAAAAUGGAGAUUUCCUUCUUCUCCCUGCCCCCUGAAGCUGUUUCUAGCUGUGACCACAACCCCUGGUUGCCCAGUUAGUCAUUUCAGGGCCAGAUCCUUUCAGGCAAAUUUGAGAUCCGUUCUCAAAUCACCGGUAUUCACAAAGUGAGACCAGGAGUUGAAACAUCUUAGCUCAUGGGUAAAACAACAAUCGUGGCAUAGCUCAGAGCUCCCAUAUCCUCAACCCAGUGUGCCUAAUAGUCAGCAGGGCCACUUGGUUUCCUUGAGACCCCAGGGCAGCAAUGGAACUAUGGAGUGGAAUGGGGAUUCUCAGGGGGUUCCCCAGUGGAAGGAGCUGUUCUGGAGGGACACAGUUGGGGAAACUGGGCCCAGUGCCUGUACAACCUCUCUCUCCUUCCCCUCAUUCUUUGAUCCUCCUCACUCCCCAGAAUGCAAUAUUUAUAAUAAAAAAGAAGGAAAAGGAAAAAAAGGUUACUAUAUCCUCUUUGUGACUAAUGGCGCAUUUGUACCAUGUUAAA